CCCUACCAAGCAGCAAGCCCAAGACGUAAACGACAGACAAGCCUCAGGAUCCCUCACCAUGGUUAUAAUGAAGAAGACUGCAGGCCUCCUCGGUCCUCUACUCCUUCUCUUCACGGCCUCCUCUGCCUCUGCGCAAAACGUGAGCACUUAUGUCAACCCAGCCGUGCCGACGGGCACCCCCGUGCCUGGCAAUUACACGGGUGGUCUUCGGCCGCAGGUGCACUUCUCACCGCCCCAGCACUUCAUGAACGAUCCCAACGGUAUGUUUGUGGAUGCAAACGGGACAUGGCAUCUGUACUAUCAGUACAACCCAACGGGCCUCGCUGCUGGCAACCAGCACUGGGGCCACGCGACGAGCCAGGACCUCUAUCAUUGGGAGAACCAGCAGAUCGCCCUGUUCCCGCCUGAAGAAUAUGUCUAUGUCUUCUCUGGGAGCGCCGUCGUCGACGUCAACAACACCUCUGGCUUCUUUCCAGACCAGGACAACGGCGUCGUGGCCAUGAUGACCCUUGCGCGCUAUUAUGAGGACGGCUCGGCUGGUCCUCAGGUGCAGGGCAUCGCCUACUCUCACGACGGCGGUUACACUUUCCAGUACUAUGACGGGAACCCGGUCAUCAACAGCACGAGCAGCCAGUUCCGCGACCCCAAGGUGAUCUGGUACGAGGACCACUGGGCCAUGGUCGUGUCGUAUGCGCAGGAGUUCGUCGUGGGCAUCUACACGAGCCCUGACCUGAAGAAUUGGACCCAUGCCUCCAACUUCUCCCACCACGGCCUGCUGGGCGCCCAGUACGAGUGCCCCAACCUCGCCAAGCUGCCCAUCCGCGACACCAUCGGAGGCUCCGUCGUCAGCGACGAGGCCUACGUGAUGGCCAUCUCCGUCCAGCCGGGCGCCCCUCUCGGCGGCUCCAUCACGCAGUAUUUCCCAGGGACCUUCAACGGGACGCACUUUGAACCCUUGGACAGCGCCACCCGCCUCACCGACUUCGCCAAGGACAACUACGCCGCCCAGUUCUUCUACGGCACCCCAGACGGGUCCGACGCCGUCAGCAUCGGCUGGGCCUCCAACUGGCAGUACACCCAGACCGUGCCCACGGGCAACCUUGAGGGCUGGCGCAGCGCCGCGACCCUUCCGAGAGCCCACUAUCUGACCAACGCCACGCGCAUCGGCUGGGUCAUGGCCAGCCAGCUGGUCGACCCGUCGCCUGUGCUGCUGGGCGCGCCGCUCAACACGACGACCUUCGAGGGCAACGCCUCCAUCGCCGUCGACUAUGCCUCUGUGUCGUCUGGCGCCCUGUACAUCGACGCCAACGUGACGGGCCUGAACGCGAGCACCAUAACAGGGUCCUCCACGCUCAACAUAUCCUUCACCAGUCCAUCCUCUGGCGAGGUGCUCCGGUCUGGCUUCUUCUUUGGCGGGGACCAGCCGUAUUUUAUCGACAGGGGCCUGAUCCGCGGCUUCGACAAUGUCUUUUUCACCGACAAGUUCUCUGUCGCUGAUGUGUGGAACACCACCUCUGGCAGCUGGCGUGUCCAGGCUGUCAUCGACAGGUCUGUUCUUGAGGUCUAUUUGGACGGCGGCGUGCAUGCUGCUACGGUCUUAUUCUUCCCCAACGAGCCGCUGACGCUUAUGAGCUUUGCUACGGCGGGCCUGCCUGCUGGGGUGGAGGUCAGCGUUGCGGUCUGGGCGCUGGAGAGCGCGUGGGCUGCGUAUGAGGACGAGCAGGGAACUGUCGUGGGUAAUGUCACUGACACGACGGGGACGGCUGCCAGGAGGGAUAUGGUGUAUGAGGCUACUUGGACUGUGUAGUGUCUGUUCCUAGUACUCAUAUAGGAGUAUAAAAUCUGGUCAUUUCUCAC